AUGUCCACCUCAACUUCAACUUCUCAGAUUGACGCCGGUUCGUUCCCAACACCGUCUUCAUUGGUGAUAUCAAAUAUCUCCACUCUCGUACCCAUAAAGUUGGACAACACAAACUAUCUGCUAUGGAAAUCACUAUUUGAGCCCAUACUUAUAGGGCAUCGUCUCAUGUUUUUCAUCGAUGGAUCCGAACCGGCUCCAAGCACUGAUGAUCCUAUGUUCAAGACCUGGUAUGAACACGAUCAGAUGCUACUAUCCUGGAUUCAAGCUACUCUGUCCACAUUAGCUCUGCCCUACAUGGUUGGUGUGAAAUCGUCCAAGGAAGCGUGGGAUAUUCUGGAACGUCGUUAUGCCUCGUCCACCCUCAUGCACGUCAUUUCCCUUCUCAAACAACAUCAUCAUUUGAAAAAGGGAUCUCUCACCAUGCACAACUACCUCCAACAAGUCAAAGCUAUUAGUGAUCAAGUCACAGGAUGUGGUGCACCCGUAUCUGAUGACGAAUUGUAG